CGAAUAGUAAGGGAAAAGGGAGCAGAUAGAAGCAGAGACAGAGGGAGGUAGCUACAUAAAGACGCACAUAGAAAUUGAUGGAAUGACUGGUGGCGGGGGUAACACUGAGAGAGCGAGAGAGAGAGGGACGAUAGAGCGAGAAGGACGAUAGAUAGGAAGAGCAGGAAAGAGGGAGGGUCUGCAUGGUAGAGAACGAGAGAGAGAGAGAGAUCGAAAGAAUGUAAAUUAGGCAGAUUCAGUGACGGCGUAGACAAAGGUAGCUUGAGAGUGCGUGUGCGCCCUUCAUUCACGCUUCCUCUCUUUCACACAUCAUCUCUCUCUAUUUUUCACUCACUCAGUCAGUUACAUGGACACACGCACACACCCUCUAGCAGAAGCAGCAAAGCAGGGUGGUUGUGAGGCAGCAUGAGAAGUGAUAUCUGUACUUCUACACAUACAACAGCUGGCUGAUGGACUAACUUAAUUACAACGCACACACACACACACAGCUAGUGCACGCACACUCACCAGCACACCUUGAUUAUAGGCGGGCAGACACACUCAAGCUGAAGCACACACAACCUGUUUACGGCCAGAAGUCAACAUGGGUGUCGUGAUGGGAACCUUUACCAUGCAAUCCAAGCAGGUGAACUACCUCAAAGACAAAACUGAUGAUGACUUGGAGAUAACCAUGGUGUGCCAUCGACCCGAGGGCCUCGACCAGCUAGAAGCCAUAACCAACUUCAGCAAAAGAGAGCUCCAAGUGCUCUACCGGGGCUUUAAGAACGAGUGUCCAAGUGGCGUUGUGAAUGAGGAUACUUUCAAGCAAAUAUACUCCCAGUUCUUCCCACAGGGAGGUAACGACAGAGAGUAUGCCAGCACCUACGCACACUACCUGUUCAACGCAUUUGACACAGCACAAAGCGGCUCCAUAAAGUUUGAGGACUUUGUAGCAGCUCUGUCCAUCCUGCUGAGGGGCUCCAUCACUGAGAAGCUACAGUGGACCUUCAACCUUUAUGAUGUCAACAGAGAUGGAUACAUCAACAAAGAGGAGAUGACAGGUAUCGUCAGAGCGAUAUAUGACAUGAUGGGGAAGUACACUUACCCUGCCUUGAAAAAUGAUGCACCCAAGCAGCAUGUGGAUGCCUUCUUUCAGAAAAUGGACAAAAACAGAGAUGGGGUGGUCACUCUGGAUGAAUUCAUCCUCUCUUGUCAAGAGGAUGAAAACAUCAUGAGGUCUCUACAGCUCUUUGAAAAUGUCAUCUAGACAACAAAGAAGAGGGGACUGUGCAACAGACGAAAGCGCCAAGCAAGAAAAGAAAAUAGAACAAAGGAGAAAGAGAAGCAGGAGAGAUGAACAUGCAAGAGAAAAGGAACAGCACCGCUUGAGACAAAACAUGGAUCUUGUAGCUUUGUGUGGGACGGUUGCCACAAAUCUUCAUUGAAGGCAUCUUGCUGUAACAAAUCCUAAGAGACAAACAUUUUGAAAAACGUCCUUUGGACUUAAACCCUUCAUUUAACCUUUCUGUAACAAUUGACCUUGUUUAUGUCUCCCUUGUUUGUUGCUGUCGUUACGCUGACGGUUACAGUCGCAUCAGACUGUGUGUAUUUCAUUGCAUCGUGUAAAUACUGAUUCUCACACAUUUGGUCGAAUACCCCUCUGUAUAUUGAACCACAUUAUCAAGCACGACUGGAAUUCCUAAAAGCAGCUAAGCAGUGAGAUCAACCCAGUGCAUACUAUUGUGGAUCAGAGGCUUAAUUAAUAGCUGUUUUCAUCAGUAAUUUUUACGUCAUCACAAGAAAUGUGAGCAAUAUUGUGAAGCAUGCAAGACAGAGGCCUACUACAUAUUUAACGUAUAUGUGCCAUGAAAAGCUUGGUGGCAUUAUAUUCAGCAAAGUAGAUACAUUUGAAAAGCCAAGGUCUGGGUGUAGCAUCUCACGGAGCCACCUCAUCCGUUUCUGAAUUCAGACACAGGCCUGGAAAGCUUUGCUGAGCUGAAUAUAAGCUUGCAGUCUUAAGUCUCGUGGCACUUUGCAGCAGUCUUCUCUACACCUACUGUGUGUGUUCCAGUGGUGUCAGUCAGUGUCUCAAUGUUGCAACGACUCAACUGUAGAUAUUUAACUGUUGUAUUGUAUUGUGGCCGUGUGGAACAGUCUUGUCUGCGUGUUUCUGAUUCUGACUAUCUGUCUGUCUAUCUGUCAAAUUGGAUAUAACUGUAAUUAUUCAACCUGACACUCUUCGUUAAAUAAAAAGUCAAUUUAGAGGUUUA